AUUCUAGUAUUUCUUUCUUGCACUAAGGUCGAUACACCUCCAGACAAAUCUCUCAACCUUUUUAGUUUUUUUUUCCUUCUCAGAAUUAUGGAGACUACUCAAUGGUCGACGCAUGAGGAAAUUGGAGUAGUGAAAUCAUCGAUGGGUACUGCAGAAAUAAUGAAUAAGAAGGUGAGGCCAGUGAAGGAUGGGGCAAUAAAUUGUCCUAGGUGUAAUUCAUUAAAUACAAAGUUUUGUUACUACAACAACUAUAGCCUAACUCAACCAAGAUAUUUCUGCAAGACUUGUAGAAGGUAUUGGACUGAAGGUGGAACUCUAAGGAAUGUUCCUGUUGGUGGUGGUUCUAGAAAAAACAAAAGAUUAUCCUCUUCUUCUUCCCAAAAGCUCCCUGAUCUGAACCCUAAUCCCAAUAGUCAUGUUCCAGCUCAUCAUCAAAACCCUAACAAUAUUGUAAUUGGAAGUAACCAAGAUCUUACCCUUGGAUUUCGAACUGUGCCACAAGAUCAUCACACGUCGUUUCAUGGUGUCAUUCCUCAGUUUCUUGAAUUGCCAAAGAUGGAUGGAAGCAACAAUCAUCUAGGUACUCGGACUGGAAUAGCCUCAAGAGGGUUUACUUCAUUCAUCUCCUCAGCAUCAACACCAGAUUUGAAUGCUUUAUACAAUAAUUCAGGUUUUCCUUUUCAAGAAUUAAAGCCUGAUCAUGCAGCUUCUUUAAGUAAUAAUUAUUCAAGUGGUGGGCCAGGGGGUCUAGAAAAUGGAUCAGGUGCAAGAAUAAUGUUCCCUCUAGGAGGAUUAAAGCAACUUUCAAGUACAAAUCAAGUUGAUCAUCAGACUAAGGGACAUGAGAAUAAUAAUUCAACUGCUGGAUUAUAUUGGAAUGGGAUGUUAAGUGGUACUGGAGGAUCCUGGUAA